CCAUUUUGUACUUAGUCCUCAUCACACGCUUCAUUCAUUCAACUUCCCUUGAGUGAAGCAACUCAAGCUUCAUUCAUUUGGUUAUAUAAGUCUUGAUCCUCUAGAUCAAACAAAUUAUUGAAGAAAUUAAAACCCAAAAAACAAAAAAAAGGUUUGAUGGGUACCUUAGAAGAUGAGAAGCUGUUCCAAAUGGUACAUGAUUUUCUGAAAUCUGAAUCUUCAUCAGAAAAUCCUGUUUCUUCAUAUGAAAGCUUGCCCUCCAACCAUCAUUAUGCUAAGCAUUACAUUUUGCAGGAGAUUGUAGAGAGUAGGAAUGCAGUUGAAAAUGCUGUCUUUGGAUGUGUGUUGAAGAAUUUGAGGAUCAAUAAAAUCAAAGCGGCAGACAAGAAUUCUACCAGCUUGAAGAAAUGGCUUGUGAUGAGACUCAGAAAGAAUGGUUUUCAUGGCGCUUCACUUUGUCGAACCUCUUGGCUUACUAUUUCAGGUUGCCCUGGAGGGACUUAUGAGUAUAUUGAAGUUGUGAUUCAAAGUUCAUCAUCAUCAUCAUCACCAUCGAUUCGACUGAUUUUAGACAUUGAUUUCAAGUCACAAUUCGAAUUAGCCAGGCCAACACCAACUUACAAGGAGCUCUGUGACAAGCUGCCUUCCAUUUUCAUUGGUGAUGCCCAGAAGCUUUCUAAAAUCAUCUCAAUACUCUGUUCUGAAGCAAAACAAUCACUCAAAGAAAGAGGUCUUCAUAUCCCUCCAUGGAGGACAGUGGCUUACAUGCAAUCCAAAUGGCUUGCCAACCCUCAAAGGGUAUCUUUCAAUCAAGUUAAAGAAGUAGUAAAUCAGUUUAGCCCACUGGGUACGGCUCUAACUCCUUUAGUGAUGAGGAAAGGUGAUCAACAGAGGGAUGAUUGUGUUGUGGGAAAGUCAUCAUCGGCUUUGUCUAGUCAACUUGCUAAUUUGAGCACAAAAUGCUUCUGAUUUGUGAGUUUUUUUGGGGGGGGGGUGUCUACCUUUUUGGGGUUGAUUUUCUUUUUCCUAGCUUCCUGGUUAGUUUGCCUCAAAAGGAUCUAUGUGGUGAUAGGUGCUAGAUUAGGUCAAUUUUGCAGUAGCUAGCUUUACUUACUUUGAAGGGAUUUAUGUUGCUCUUAGGCAUCUUUUCAUGAAGUGACAAUCAAGAAAGUGCACUUCUAACCAAAUUUGGAUAGUACUGUUACAUUUAUUCAAUUGACCAUAUGAUAGCAGAGGAAACUUCAAACAAAAAUGGAGUAAACCAAGUGCAAAACCCUUUCCAAAAUUGUAACAACUUUUUUUUGGGUCCUUCCUUGGUAAAGCAAUGAUUAAGAAUUUCUAUAAUUGAGUAUUGAACAAAAUAGCGUUUUAUGGCAUUUCAUUAGAUCCAGAAUGCGAUGCAAUAUGGUGCCGAGUAAACACCUUAGAAGAAUUAUUUGAGACCGGAAUUUUGAGUUCUAAGAAAAAUGAUUCUCUUCACCAAAAAAUAGUAUAAACCUAGGCAGCAUAAUGCUAUUUUUAAAGAGCUUUAUGGAUCCUAUCCCAUUCAACAUGGAAUGUAUAGUACUCUAUAUGUGACUUCUGUAAUCACAAUACAAUGUAUAAGAACAAGAAAACCCAAAAAAAAUUGGAAGAAUCAUUUGAAGGAUGCAUCGGACUUAAGCCUCAGGAACUUGACAGAGAUGCUGUGGUUAUAGCAGGUGGUGUAGGGUAGUAAAAUGGUUCAUCAGUCCAGUUUUUCUCACCCCAAUGCCUUAACAUACUCUUCCAGUUGCAUAAUCUGUCGAUGCAUUUCUUCCGACGAGGAUCUUUAACCUUCAGUUUCCAAUGUCCAUCUGUAUAGUUUGCCUUUUCUGCUUCCCUUCUGUCCCAUUCCAUCUGCGCUUUCUGUUUUGAACUCAACAGGCAGAACUCCUGCAACCUCCUUGGCAUCGCGUCGUGUACUCUCCACCAACUUCUGUGAGCAAUGUCGCUUGCGAAUUCCUGUAAUAUGUCGACGUUCCAGUUGCAGUCAAAAUCGCGGUAGCACAACCACGGUUUGUAGCCUAAGUAGUGAAGGACAUAAAGAAUUGGUGGCUCUGCCCCGAACAGGCGGAUCUUCUUCUGUUUCGCUUCUUCCUCAUCACCAAUCCAGAAAUGUUUCAAGAAGUUCAUGUGUUUCGGGAUUCUGUGCCACCAUGUGAAGAUUUCGUUCAAGUAUCCUUGGUCUCCACCGUUGUAGGAUUCAAUCUCGUUGAUGUGAUCCAUUAGGAGCUGGAAUGUGCAGUUUGAUGGCUCAAUAAUCAUGACCCCUGAGUUAAAAAGCGUACCGUUGUUUCCUGUAGCCGAAAUCUGUGGCAUUUUGAAUAGGAAAUCGAUGUUUCUGAGGAUCAGUAAAUCAGCAUCAAUGAAGAUGAUUUUGUCAUAGUCUGUCAGCUGCCAAAGUCUGAACUUGCUGUAGUUCCAUUCAUUGUAUGCAUCUUUUUCAGCUUUCGGAUUCCUUAUCCUCUGUAUUGUCCUGAUUUUCCACCCUGCAGCUUCAAGUCCACUUCUAUGAUACUCACUUAUUGUGUCAUCUACAAGGAUAACAAGAUCCCUUGUCGAUCCUGCCAUGCGAAUACUUUGGGCUGCAGCGAUCGCGCCACAAACAUAGACAUGGGCUGAAUGAAGUAUUGUCGCGUAUGCUUCACGAGGUCUUUUGACUGCAUACUCUUGUUCUGUUUCAAAAAUUUUACAAGUAAAUGCAUAUAAGGAAAUGUUCCUUUUUGCAAAUGAGGAGAAAAGUUAAUUUGGUUUAAGGAUAAGAACUUACCAUUGGCGCCAUGGGGGAGCGCGAGUUCACAUGAUCCCACCGGGAGCUGAAUCUUUUCUCUCAGAGAAUUCAAAUUAGGUUCGUACAACCAUGAGUUACCCUGGCGGGCGACAAGUUCUUUGCAAGGGAAAAGAUUCGGUAUUGGAAAACAUUUGGUCGAAAACAGCAGAUGAACCGGGUGGUUCCCUUUGAAAGAUGCUGCUAAACCAGCUGCAGCAAGUUGCAAAUGGAGCCUAGCAACAUCUCUUGACCAGUUACCAUUAUUUUGGCAAGGAAGCUUGACUGCGACAAGGUCAAGCCUCUUUUCAGGAACUUCAAUCUUUGGAAAAGACGGGCAAGUAGGUACUUCAUCUUCUUGUUCUUCAUCAAUCCACUCAGGAUACAAGAUAUCCCAAGUAAUGUUUUUAUCCGCAUGGUCUAGAUUCAGGGUUGUAUGAUCAGCAAAGGGCAUGACUUGCUUCCAUUGAAAGAUUUCAGUUUCAUUAAAAUUAAGAAGGCCGAUUCUGUGAAUGCUAUUCUGGUCCGGGAUCUUCUGUACGACUUUUAUGAUCUCAUCCCAAUUGACAUCAAGAUCUGAUUUGUAUCUAGGAUCAAAUCCACCCCAUAUCCACCUGUUCACAAAAUGUUGCCUGCAUAAGUUAUUCAUCAAUGGAAACUGAGAUAUCAGGCUCAUCCUGACAAACCAUUUUCUCAGAUGUAUUUGACUUCAAUUGUAUACAAAUUUUACAACUUACCGGGAAACAGUCCGGGAAAUG